AUGGCUGAGUUAGACCGCAACCUCUACACAGUGGCAUGGAUUGCCCCUCUCGAAAUCGAGGCUCAGGCGGCCCUGCAUAUGCUGGACCAGAGGCACCAUGGGCGGUUUCCAAUCUCCCGCGGAGAUGACUACGUCUUUCAUGCGGGGUGUAUUUGCGGACACAACGUUGUCGUUGCGACCCUGCCUGCCGGUCAAGAAUACGGUACAGGGUCGGCGGCAGCUCUUGCCAGCCAGGUUAGAAAAUCGUUCCCCCAUCUUUGGUUUGGGCUACUUGUUGGCGUCGCUGCUGGUCUUCCGAACUUUGCUCGGACCCCAACGCGGGACAUCCGACUUGGAGAUGUACUUGUGGCCCUUCCCGAUGGUGAGAGUGCUGGGUUGGUUGCAUAUGACUUGGGAAAAGAGACCGGUGCAGACGGCUUCCAGCCUUUACGUUUCGGUCACGUACUGGCCAAUACAGAGACAGUUGUGAGGUCCGCCAUCGGCAGCAUCAAAUUGAAUGUUCCGAAUGACGCUGAAGUUUUCUUGCCAUAUUAUGAGGCGAUGAAGCACCAGGAACAUGCCACGGGCAACUUCACGGAUCCGGGACAGCAUAAAGACAAGCUUUUUGAUAUCAAUUCUCGAGGCAAGGAAGAAGAAGUGCAGAGACCAGCCCGACCAUCGUCGAAGCGCACCCGAGUGUGGUACGGCCCUAUCGGUUCUGGUGAGAAGCUUAUGAGGAACGCUCGACAAAGAAAUGAACUUAGAGAUAAGUACAACGUCAUCGGACUCGAGAUGGAAGCAGCAGGUACAAUGAACCGCAUUCCUGUUGGUGUCAUUCGAGGGGUGUGUGACUAUGGAGACGAACAUAAGAAUAAAGAGUGGCAGCCAUAUGCCGCUGCCAUGGCAGCCGCGUACGCCAAGGCGAUACUUCGUGAAAUCCUUCCAGAAUUGGGAGAUGGGUUGAGUUACGCAAGAAAGAUGAGCCAAGAUACAGGAACUUCAGAGAGCACCGACUCAUUCACGAGACCUGACACAUCAAAUGAACUAUGGCCAGAGUGCCAAAACGAGCGACCCGGGUUAACUGCAAGGUUUUUAAAACGUAACGAUACCCCAUCGCAACUUCUCCCAGACAGCGAGCUGUGGCAUUCUGUUGAUAGAAGAACCCCGCAAACCGUUGUGAUAUAUGGUCUUUCCGGUGUUGGAAAAAGUCAAAUGUGUCUCCACGCAAUUACUGAAAACGAGAAAAGAUUUCGAGGGAUUUUCUAUAUAGACGCCAGCAACGACGCAACCGCAGAUCGUAAUUAUUUGGACAUAUCCCGCGUUUGCCAUGUUCAGAAUCACUGGGAAGGUAUUGAAUUGGACGAACAAAUAAGAAUAACGAGAGCCUGGCUGGCUUGUCAAAAGGAUCCAUGGCUACUCAUGGUAGACAAUGCCGAUUCCACUAACCUAUACAUGGAUAGGUACAUCCCAACAGGUGGCCCUGGCACUGUCUUGAUAACAACUACAGACGAACGAUAUGCUAUGUGCGGUCACACAUUCUGCAAAAUCGAUGUCAUGAGUAACGAAGAAGCAGUAAAUCUCUUGAUGAAGUACAAAAGGCCGGGAACAGAUUUGGACGCUGGCGAAAUCGAUGCGGCUAGAACCCUUGCAGUGAAGGUUCUAGGUGGCCUCCCUUUAGCAAUUGCUCAGGCCGGCUCCUACAUAUUUAACAAAUAUUGCACGUAUGCAGAGUAUUGCAGAGAGUUCAGUGAGUCGCCUAAGGCUCCGCUGUCCUACGAUGAUCAACCUGAGCAAUGGUCACGCCGCCGUCAGCCGAUUUGGAAGACUUUUACACUGUCUCUCUACCGAAUCCAGAGUUUACCGGAAAUAUGUUCUGUUGAGGCAGUUGAACUGCUUCGAACUUUGAGCUUUUUACAUCACGAUGCGAUUUCGGAGCAUAUGUUUCAGGAGGCCUGGCAGAACAUGAAGAACGACUCUCCUUUAUCGCGAGCUAUAACAUUUUUAAAUCAUGAGAGUUCUCGCUGGGAUACGCCUAUCUUGAAAGCCGCCUUUGGAACACUUUGCCGUUACAGUCUACUCAACCUUGCUUCUCGGGGCAGCCGGCAAUAUUCAAUGCACAACCUUGUUAAUACGAUGUGCAAAGAGUCCAUGUCUUCUGAAGAGAAAAAGAAGCAUGCUUUCCGUGCGGCCUCAAUCAUUGCCACAGCAUUAUCCGGAAUCAAAGCUACACUAUCUUGGAUCGAUGAUCCUUCUGGGUUUGACCUACAAAAGUCCCUCCUUCCUCACAUCAAAGCGUGUAUAACCGGUAGGAUUGAGAUCCUUGUCCAGGAGCCAGGCGAAGAGAACCGCCAAAUUGGGGCAAAAAUCCUCCUUUUGUUCGCGAAAGCAUACUCAGCUACAGGUCACUUCAACGACGCAGUGAAUCUUUUAAACGAAGGUUGUCCGCUGGUUUUGAAACGUUCUGGCAGUGGCCGCGUGCUAGACUCGACGUCUUUACAAGUCAUGGAGCAGCUGGCCGCCUGUCAAACCCAUUUGGGCCAACAUUGGAAAGCACGCAAUCUCCGCCGAUUCAUUGUCGACAAACUGGCAGAGGCAGCGCAACCAAACGUCGGAGAGCGUUGUGCGGCGGCUAUGAACCUGGCAGACAGUUUGUGGGCGACAGGGCAACGCAAAGAAGCCCUCAAGAAAGCGCAAGAGGUUUUACACCUCCGUGAAAAAUACUUAGCUGCUGGGGAUCCAAGAUUGCGCCGCACCAGACGAAAGGUUGCAGAGUAUCUCCACGGGACGGAUCAAAGGCUUCAGGCUCUUCAAAUGCGGCAGGAUGUUUACACACAAACGGGGGCACAGAGUGAUAUUUCAGAAGUAGAACGGCUCGACAUUUUAGCUUCUACGAAUGCCCUGGCCGACAGCUACCACUGGUACGGCCGACUUCUCGAGGCUCUUCGUCUACGACAGGAGGUGUAUGAUGGGAGGCUUUCGAUUCUUGGCACUCAGCAUCCGGACACCUGGCUAGCACAAGACAGACUCUUAGGAACUAAGGGCUCAUUGGCUGCCAGUCGAUAUGAACUGCUUGAGAUAUGUCAGCAGAGAGAAGAACUUGUUAGGACUUGGCGGCAAGCAUUCGGAGACCUUCAUCCACAAACUCUCGAAACCAAGGUUAAUCUGGGUCACAGCUACAGCGCGGCUCAUCGGUGGUCUAGAGCUCUAGAGCAGCAAAACGACGUCCUCAAGAUUCGUACAAGCCACUUCCAACAGCAUACGCCCCCUGUCAAGACACAAAACCGUGCCGCGUUCACGGGUAAUGUUGCUAAUAUUCUUACCAAAACCAGACGAUUAGAUGAAGCUAUCAUGAUGAGAAAACGAGCUGUGAAAACGGCUGAGGAGUAUUAUGGACCAAACGAUCCAGUGACAUUCAAGCUCUCAAACAAUCUGGUGUCUUGUUAUCCCUUAACUCCGGAUACAUCUACCAUUAACAGUAGAGAAUUAAUAUUAAAAAGGCAAUUCGCUUGCCUCCCACGGCUCGAUCCAGGCAUUCUGAAAACCCUAUCGCUUCUGGCAGCUGACCUUUCAAAAUUACCUUCGACAAGUGAUUCAGCCAUAAGGAUUCGUGAGACCUUGAUCGAGGCUCAAAAGACCGUCCUGGGUCUAAAGAACCGUGAGACAGUGAAUAACAUGAAGAAGCUCGCAAUUGGCAUUGCAAUAAAAAGCCUCAGGAGUAAGAAAGAUAUCACAAGAGCGGUUGCUCUUAUGAAGGAUGUCGAGCAAAUUUAUACCGAGUUUCUUGGGCGGAAACACUUGCAAACCCGGGAUACGAAGAUCGAACUGCUCUGCAUUUAUGAAUGUGUCGGAAGACAUCGGAAUUUAACCAAAAUGAUUGAUUUAAAUACAGAGCUUGACGCGAAUGAAGAUUAUGCCUCUAGAUUUCCACUGCAAGGGAAUCCAUUAGCACGAGAUCCGGAAUGGCUCUCAUGGCAUGACAAACCAAGUGACGAUUCAACUUCAGAAAUUGAGGACGAAACAGGUCCUCGGCUGACUUCUAGUCAUCAUCAGAGGAGAGGAGCCUCCUGGAAGGCAAUUUACAAGGCAGUAAGUUGGACAGGGCAGUCGCUGUUCUUAGAAGCCACAAUGUCUAAGGUGACAAUUCUGCAGAAAAAGGCGAAAUAUAUCGAAACUGACUAUAACAAGUCUUACGUCAAUAAGUUUCAAGCUCGUUCAUCAAGCGACGAGUAUCGUGGGGAAUCCGGGUCCGAAUCAGGGAUGGAAGGCUGA